AUGUCUGAUAUUGCAAUGUUGGUAGCAGAGGAAUAUGAGAGGAGGACAAGACAUUUGAGGAAAGGAGAAGAAGGUUUAGGAGACACCAAGUUUAACACGCUUUCUUGCGCUUCCUCGUUGUCUCUCAAGGUGAAAAUUGAGGAGCAGAAGAAGGAGCUUAUGAAGUUGGUUUGGGAACCAAAAACCCAGAUUGCAAUUGCUGCUUCUAACAGUUUCUUCUCUGCUUGA